CUCUCAGACCACACACACACACACACACACACACACACACACACACACACACAAUCAAUUCCUAAUGUAAUGUAAUGUAAAGAUGUAAGAUGUAAUUAUUAAUAAUAAAAAAAUAUAUUCAGAAGUCUGUAUUUUUAAUGUGUUUUAAAGACAUCAUGCAAAAGGGGGGCCUCGGUCACAUUUUAAUGCCAUUUGGGAGGCCUUGCCCUGGAAAAGUUUGGGAACCCCUGCACUAAAUUAUACCAGUGGUGGCUUGGCGGUUAAGGCUCUGGGUUACUGAUCAGAAGGUCGGGGGUUCAAGCUCCAGCACUGCCAAGCUGUUGGGCCCUUAACUCUCUCUGCACCAGGGGUGCUGACCCUGUGCUCUGACCCUAACUUCCUGGCAUGCUGGGGAAGAAAAGAAUACAUCACUGUAUAUGUGUACGUGUGAUCAAUAACGACCCAUUAUCAAAUCCGUGACUUUGAAGAAGAAAAAACAAAACAAAAACAUUACUCAUUUCUGUCAUUUGUGUUGAAACUUGCCCAUACUGCUGUAUACGUUCAUAUGCUAUCAAGACAUACAGUGUAAGCAAUGCCAAAAAUAACAGAUACUGUGAUAGGAAGAGUAACAAAAGGCCCGGCAACAAGCACCAGUGCUGUAAUUGGUUCCUGUCCUCUUGUCCUCUGAGAGAUAAAAGCUCCAUUCAUUCAUGUAGUGCUCGGUCAAGCUGACCUGCCUCCUUAAAAGCCCUUUCAGAUGAUGGAUUAGAGAGGGUGUAUAGAACAAAGACAAAAUUAAAUGGGGGAAGAAAAAAAAAAACAACAACAACAACAAAAAAAACCCCACUAAAGUGAAAAGUGCACCAAAAUACGCCACAUGUGACAGUGAUUCUUCGCUUCGUUUCCUUCUUUCAUGUGUGUUCUGUUCAAAACUGGACAACAAGCAAAAACGUCUGGAUUCUCAAUGGCGCUUCACAUGCACAAGUAAGGCCUGUAUCUAAGCAACAGACAGAUUUAAAAGGCUUGCAAACCUUUUUCUUUUUUUUUUUUUCAGUCCUGAAAGAAAAAACAAAACAAAACAGUGAUUUAAAACCGAUCAGGUUUAAAAUGAGGAGAGCCCGCAAACUUCAGCCAGAUCCACCACAGGCAGUGUAGAGGAUUCUUCAACUUUCAUCUAACAUAACGACAGUGUGGAUUCGUCCCUAGACCUUCUAGCGCAGGAUUGUUUUGACUGUUCCAAUAGCACAAAGCCUUUGAUUUGAAGGACUUUAUAAAUUGGAUGGCUGCCUGCCAAAUCUCUUCAAAUCCCCCUUCUUUUCAAGGACCACUUCAUGUGCUGUCAAGAAGAAGUACAUUAAUAUAAGCCAGAAGAGAAACGGCGAGAAAUCCAGUGUGAGGAGUCGUUUGGCUCAGGUGGUUUAAGUCAAUCUUCACGGAGUUUCAGGAUGGAGUUACAGAACGUGUCUGAUGUCAUGGCUGUAAUGGAGGGUAGGGGAUUAUGUGUUAUAUCAGCAUUACUCUUUCUUCUACUGCUAACUUCACUUACAGCCUACAACAGAAGAAACAAAUCUACCUUACCAGGUCCCUACUGGUUUCUGGGGCUUGGCCCCAUUCUAAGCUAUUCUAGGUUUUUGUGGACAGGUAUCGGUACGGCCAGUAAUUAUUAUAAUAAGAAAUAUGGUUGCAUGACUCGGGUUUGGAUCCAGGGAGAGGAGACACUCAUUCUAAGCAAGGGAUCUGCUGUGUACCAUGUUCUGAAGAGCAGUAACUAUGUUGCCAGAUUUGCUAGCAGAAGUGGACUGAGGUGCAUUGGUAUGGAUGAACAAGGCCUUAUCUUUAACAGCAACAUCCCGCUUUGGAAAAAACUACGCACAUAUUUUGCCAAAGCCUUAACAGGCCCUGGUCUGCAGAGGACAGUGGGUGUGUGUGUUCAUGCCACCAAUAAGCACUUGGAUGUCCUGUGCGAGUUCAUGGACUCCUCAGGCCAUGUGGAUGCUCUGAACUUCCUGCGCUGCAUAGUGGUCGACGUCUCCAACAGACUCUUCCUCCGAAUUCCCAUCAAUGAGAAAGACUUGCUAGUGAAGAUCCACAAAUACUUUGACACUUGGCAAACAGUGCUCAUCCAGCCAGACAUUUUUUUCCAUCUAGCCUGGAUGUAUAAAAAGCAUCACCAAGCAGCAAAGGAGCUACAAGAGGAGAUGGGGAGGCUCGUGGAGGAAAAGCGGAAAGCCAUCAAUGGCAUGGAAAAACUGGGAGAGACUGACUUUGCAACCGAGUUGAUAUUUGCUCAGGAUCAUGGAGAGAUGUCAGAAGAUGAUGUGAGGCAGUGUGUGUUGGAGAUGGUGAUAGCGGCGCCGGACACUCUGUCCAUCAGUCUGUUCUUCAUGCUGGUGCUGUUGAAGCAGAAGCCAGAAGUGGAGCAGUGUAUACUGCAGGAGAUGCAUAAUGUCCUAGGUGGACGGGAGGUGGAGCCGGCUGAGCUGCAGAAGUUGACAGUGAUGGAGAGUUUUAUAAAGGAGUCUUUGCGGUUCCAUCCUGUGGUGGAUUUCAUCAUGAGGCGAGCGCUAGACGACGACUUCAUCGAAGGCUACAGGGUGGCCAAAGGGACUAACAUCAUUCUGAACAUUGGCCGGCUGCACAAGAGCGCAGAGUUCUUCCCCAAAGCCAACGAAUUCAGCUUGGAGAACUUCGAGAACAAUGUGCCGAGUCGUUUCUUCCAGCCAUUCGGCUGUGGACCACGUGCCUGUGUGGGGAAGCACAUAGCUAUGGUGAUGAUGAAGGCUGUACUGGUGACGGUUCUGUCGCAGUACACGGUGUGUCCUCAGCCCGGCUGUACCGUCAGCACCAUCAGGCAAACCAACAACCUCUCACAGCAGCCCAUAGAGGAGGACACACAGAGCCUGGCCAUGAGGUUCAUACCACGCAAACGCAGCCCAGACAAGCAAUAAACAGCCUCUGGAUUGGGAAGACAUCAUUCCCAUCGAGUGCAGCAGGGUUGCAAUAAUUAUGACUAUGUUGCAACCUCAUUUUUUUAUUCUCUCCGUCUUUUCAAUCUGACUACGUGACUCAAUAAUUUGUGGCAAAACGCAGAUCAAGAGAAAAGAGGACUUGGAAAAUUAAACAACUAAAGGUAACAUGGUUUGAAACUAGUGAAUAAUUAAUAAUUAAAUAUUUCAUUUUUGUGAAAAAAAAAUACCCCCCCCCCCCCCCAAUCAUAUUAUGCUUAGACUAUUAUGGUAUAAAGUGUUAGAAAAACAAGAAACCUGGAAUUUUUUUUAUGUUCUAACGUGAAUAUGUGGUUUGGUUAGUGUACACGUCCUCCUAGUGUUUCUCCUACCUACAGCACAAAUCUGCUACAUCUAGAACAAUACUCUAUAUUUUGAACUUGUUAGUGAAAUUAUCCAGAAUAUAACAAACAUGUUUUCUUGCAUACUACACGCACCUGUUUUAAGAAAAUCUACUCAUGUCUGUCAUCAGUAAUAAACCACCAGUAGUAAUUAUUAUUAUUUUUAAAUGGUAACAUAACUCACUUGUCUGCGUAUAUAGUGUUUAUAGCGUUUUUAUAAAAUAUAUUUCCUCUACAGUUAUAAAGGAAGACAUGGCUCCUUCAUUAAUGGUCUUUCAUAACAAAUACUGCUGUAAUUAAAACGGUAACAA